GAUAAUCAUGUUCAGGUUGAAAGUGUCAAACAUCAGACCAAGAUAUCCGGUAUCAGAUCAUUCUUGCCGUUUGAUUUACUAAGCUGACAGAAAACAGUCCUGGUUUCUGACUACACCAAUUCGCGUCAAUUUCGCAGGCCAGGCAACUCAGCGCUUGCGCAUUUGCACAAUGUCGGUUGUCGAUAUUGGUCGUCUAGCUGACCUCACACAUGCAAGGCACUCCGUGACCCUGUCUAAUGGCAAGCGCCUUGUCCUUUUUCGUCUACCUAAAAUUCAACCUUCGGGUGCGGUGGCAUUUCCCACUACGGAAAAGCAGGGUUCAUGGACUUACUAUGCGAUGGAAGCAGAGUGUCCUCAUGCUGGUGGGCCUAUGACUGAAGCUCACAUAGACAUCGAAGACUCGUCAUAUAUUGCCUCUUGUCCCUGGCACGCGUAUGACUUCAACGUAGAGACCGGUGAGUCCAGUUACGGUAUCAAAACUUGCACCUUUCCGGUUGCCGUCAAAGAUGGAAGGGUGAGCAUACAUAUCGCAGAGGCCGAGGGUUUACAGCUCGCCAAAAUCGAACCUGUCAGCGAGAAAGUGAAAUUCAAGCAUGGCCCUAGAGUCGAGCCAUCAGGCUCCCCGACCUAUCUUAGCGAGGAUGCUGCUCUAUGUGAUUGGUGUGUUCAUAUCUUGAAUACCUCUAACCCCGAACAUAAGAUUGAACUCACCACACACCUGUUCUCCCUAUUCGCAACGCGUGAACAGUCACCCUCACCCAUGCAAAUCGGAGCUGGUAAUGCGAGUCCUCCCCAAGAACCGCCAAGACAAAACUUGACCCAGGUGAAACCGGGGCAGAUGCCUAAACCUGGCAAGGGAGGGACUCUUAAAAGCAGGAUAAUGAUGCUCCACGCUCUCGCAAAUAUAGAGCAGUGGGCUAUCGACCUUGCCAUCGAUAUUAUAGUCCGGUUCGCAUCUUUCCACACAACCGCGUUAGAUGGAAACAACGAUUCGCAGCAGUUACCACGAACAUUUUUCUACGACUGGUUAAAGGUCGCAAACGAUGAGGCGAAACACUUCUCGCUCCUACGAGCGAGACUUGAAGAGCUGGGAAGCCACUUUGGUGCACUACCAGUCCAUCAUGGAUUGUGGGAAUCUGCCGAGAGAACAGCACACGACCUACGUGCGAGGAUAAGCAUCAUCGCACUCGUUCACGAAGCUCGGGGUCUCGAUAUUAACCCCUUAACGAUCGAUAAAUUCCGAAAUGCCAAGGAUGGCGAGAGCGUCGACGUCCUGAACAUUAUCCAUAAUGACGAGAUUACACAUGUCACAACGGGUCACAGAUGGCUCACCUGGAUUUGCCAACAGGAGGGUACCGAUCCAGUCCAGGUUUUCCGGAGCAACGUGCAAAAACAUUUUAGGGGUGCCGUGAAGGGCCCAUUCAACGCCGAAGCUAGACAGCAGGCCGGUAUGGAUAAGAGUUAUUACGAAGAUCUAUAUGGGCAACCGUGGAAAGGAGAAGUCAUUGCUGGAGGCUGAUCGCUUCCGCCACAAACUCUAAGCUGGAUUAAGUUGGGCUUGUUGAAGACCACCAAGAUCACGAAGUAUCAUGGAUUCGUCUAAUUGCCUAUAGCGUUGAACUAUGAAUAGCGGACACGCCGAGAUUACCUAGUGAGCUUAUUAUCCAUGCCUAGUCAGAGGAAAUUUCUUUCCAGACUAAAAAUCACGAUCGCUUGCUCCCGGGUUCUAGCCAGAUACAUGCGACGCCGUGUUUACCAACAUUUGUCCAGGACAUUGUUUCCAUACCAGAGUCGCAUUUAGCCUUGUAGACAGGAAAAAUAACUUCGAUUAGUUCCUGGGUAGAUAAAAAUGAAACUUAACAGCACCAUGAAUCUGGAUGUUGGCCGAAUGAAAACAUGAAUCAUGCAAUUAAUCUAGCUGGCGGUAGGCUGCAGAUAGAUCAUUAUGUUGUACUAGAUCCGGAAUCGCCCGAGCAGGGCGAAAGGGAGGAGGGGAUCGGUGAGGCUGAAAUGCCAAGACAGGGGUAACAUUACGUAGCCCAGCCUUAUUAAUCUUAUUUUUAGCUGAGUUUAGCUUAGAUCGG